UAUUUGUUGUCCAGCACGCGGGAGAGAGAAGUCAGCUGACUUGGUCUCGAGCAGAAAGAAGUCUGUUAACGGAGUGGAUUAGAAGCACAAAAAAAUGCGAUUCCGGUUUUGUGGAGACCUGGACUGCCCCGACUGGGUGCUCGCCGAAAUCAGCACUUUAGCGAAAAUAUCGAGUGUAAAGAUGAAACUGCUCUGCGUUCAAGUGAUGAAAGAUCUUCUUGGAGAAGGAAUUGACUACGACAAACUGGCAAAGCUCGCCACGGAUGUGAAGUUUGAGAGCAGCGAUAUGAAGGCCAGCCUGGCGGUGCUCACUUUCAUCCUGCUGAGCGCGAGCAAGCAUGACGUGGACAGCGAGUCGCUCUCCAGCGAGCUGCAGCAGCUGGGUCUGCCCAAAGAGCACACUACAGGUCUGUGUAAAUCAUAUGAAGACAAGCAUACUGCCCUACAGGAGAAGCUGAGAGAGACCAGUCUGCGCUUCAGUCGUCUUGAAGGGGUUUCCUGGCGUGUGGACUACGUUCUCAGCUCAAGUGAGCUGAAGGAGGUGAACGAGCCUGUGGUGCAGCUUCAACUCCAGACCCAAGGGGCAGAACAGAACUCCACACAGACCACUGUAAUGUCCAUCGGUGCUGACAAGUUCAGAGUCCUGCUGAUGGAGUUAAAGCAAGCUCAAGCACUUAUGAAUGCACUACACUGAACUGUUUUGUUUGUAAUGGAGAUUUUCACUUAAACAUCCUCACUUUAUUUAAAAUAAUAUAGACACUGUGGCAUUUUGGGGAACUGAUAUUAAAAAUAUUUUAAAAAUGGUAUAUACAGAAUUGGUGGUAAUUCAUCUAUUUCAUUGUGGGUAAAUUGUGUCAAAACCUGUAUUAAUUUUAUUAGCUGCUGUUUUUCAGUUUAUUACUAAAUGACAUUCCACGUCCUACCACCUUCCUUACGAUACUUGUGAAGUCUGUCAAACAAACCAAUUUAAGUGAAUACGACUUACUGCUACAUAAAUUUGUAGUCAUACCAACAUUUUUUCUUACCUUGUUUCUUUUUAUAUCAUCAAUAACCACUUCACUGCAGGUUGCAGAGGUCUGGAGUCUACACAUGAAGCAUAAGAUGGGGCACUCCUUGGUCAGAGACAUUUGGACAAUUUGGCUCACAGAUGUUUGACCAAAAAAAAAAAAAAAAAAAAUCACAAAAUUACUCUCCUUGUCUUUCACUUUGCAAAGUGUGGACAUUAUGCCUUUAGUGGAGCCAUGUAGUGUUAUGAAGGUAGAAGUAAGAUGAUCUUCAUUUGAUUAUGAAAUUAAGGCUGUAUUUACACUAGUGUAAGCAUGUUCAUGUUAUUAAAGCUGUUUAUAUCAUUACAUAAUUUAGUUAAUAUAUAAUCUUUAUAGUUUGUCUGAAAGUUAGUAUUAAGGGUAAUAGCACACAGGUUACAGCUUUACACUGAAAGGACCUGGACUGGAAUUUUACAGUUACAUUCAAUUAUUGUUGAUGUUAGUGAAUGACAGCCUCAUUUUUAAUGUGCUGAAGAUAGACAUAUUGGCAGGUGUCAGGUGACCAUUCAUCUCUUUUAUCUGUGCCACAGCAUUCCUCAGGUCACACUAUAAUUAAAUGUAUGGGUCAGCAGUCCUGCACUUAAUUUAUAUUUUAAAUUUUGCCCCUCAUAAACAGUUUCAACUUGCUAACAAAAAUAACCUACAGAUUGAACAAAUAUUCAAUUAUACUUCUCCAAAAAUGUGAAAAUUAAAUUUUACCACCACAUAAUUUUUUUUACUGUC